AUACUACGUUGUGGUUGCCACGAAAACCUGCCUGAUUAUUUCCACGUUUUGUGCAGCAGCUUCAGUCACAGGAUCGACUAUUGAAAAGAAUAUUUAGGUGGGCGUUAGUGGUAUUGGUUCAAGUUUUUCAAACUGGCGUACGAUCAACGUAAACAAGGCACUUACAUGGGACCGGCGACGAGCGACGAAGAGGACAGGACCAAUCGCUUCUUGGCUUCCAAUGGUUCUGAUGCUGGUUCCGGGUCAGGACGAGAACGUGCGGCCAGCCAGCCGCCGCGUACGCCAGGACAGCAACAUUUCUUCUCUUCGCCGUCGCAGCAGCCCUUCGUGCCAUCAAGCAUCAACGUCGUCAGUUCACCUUGGUCGAACCAGCGACUAUUGAGUCCGACCCGUCAGAUGGCUACCCGGAGUUCGUCCUUCUCGAAUACAAAUCCACAACAGAGCCAGUUCGGAACGGCCAUGAGGGAGAGAAGCUUUCCUUCAACUUUUGAGGACGACGAGUCUGAACUCGAGAGUUUUGACGAGCGGUAUAUCCCAACUUCGCUUUCGAGGGGCAGGACCUACGCCCAGGAUAUCUCACGCAGUCGUUCUCAGUCGCUUGCCGCAGGAAGGCCUACUCCGAUAGGCAGCCCGUAUGUUGCUACUCCAAGCAUGGCGAGCUGGAACGAGUCCCUGUUAUCCAACCCGGUCAACAUACCCGGUCGAUACGGCGACAUGAAACCACCAGGCUCUAGCCGGUAUGGUUCAAUGGGUAGAUCCCCUAUCAACAUUAACGCUUCUUCUCCUUCCCGGUUUGUUAGAUAUGACAUCUCGAAUAUGAGCCCGUUCGUCCGCGACGUGGGUCAGAUUUUGUUGGAUGACGGGUCUGCAUUCAGAGAGUUAUGGUCCGGGAUGAAUCCUCCGAGGGGUGAGAAUGGUGGCGGUGGCGGCGGCAGUGGGACGGCCAGUCGAAGGCAUAGCGUCAGUGUCGUACAGCCAAGGCGAGGAGCAAUUGUUGGUUUCAAUGCUCCAGGCGUGGAGGAUGUCGACGAUCAGCCAUCGUUUUCUUCUGUCAAUAACUAUGGCCACGGUGGACUUAUGUUAUCGGAUGAAGAUCUUGCGGGCGACCUCGGACGGCUUAACAUUAACGAUGGUCAGUCUCCAUCCCAGCCGACGAGCCAACCGUCUUCUCUGCCUAUCUACGCGCCUCUGUCUCGCAGUCCGCCCUCCAACGAAUUUGCGUUUCCACCGAUCAAUGUGAGCAAGCUGUCGCCUAGUGAUGGAAGUGAGGAGCAAUUUGAGUCACGCUACCGACAGCAGCAGACGACGCCUCAGCAGCAGCAGCAGCAGCAACAACAACCCUCACGGGAGCUUCACACGGCUAGGUUUAUUCCAGGGCAAGGGAUUCAAUACUAUCCUCAGACGACCAGCUUCUCUUCUCCCACGCGUGCACGAGCCCCUUCCUACUCCAACACUGUUGCCUCGCCGACCUCGACUCGAGCGCCGCCGCCGCAAAGCCAGCCGAUCCACCACCGGCUUCCUUCUUCGGAGCAUGAGCUUGGAAAGGGUCUGCCCCUCCACUCGGUGCCGUCUUCGUGGCCGCUAUACAUCGUGGAGUUUAAGGCGGGUCGAACAGAUCUUUUCUACCUUACGGAUCUGUCACAGGAGAUUCGCGUGGGUGAUUUGGUGAUGGUGGAGGCUGAUCGAGGAAAGGAUUUGGGCAAGGUGGUCAAUGAUAGUAUUACGGUCGAGGAGGUGGAGGCAUUCCAGAGAGAUAGACAGGGCAGGGACGAAGAGGAAGGCCCUGUGAGUCCUGGAGGGAGCGGAGGAGGCAGUAGUGGUGGUUCGAAGAAGGAGAUUAACCCAAAAAUGAUCUAUGGCAAGGCGUCCACGCAUGAUGCUCAGCUGUUAAUGUCCAAGAUGCAAGACGAGGCUAAAGCGCUGCAGCUGUGCCAGAGCAAGGUGCGCGCCAAGAAGCUGCCGAUGGAGGUCGUCGACGCCGAGUAUCAGUGGGACCGGCGCAAGUUGACGUUCUACUUUAUUGCGGAGAAGAGGAUCGAUUUUAGGGAGCUCGUCAGGGAGCUGUUCCGGUUGUACAAGACGAGGAUAUGGAUGGCUUCCCUUCAAGGAGGCAGCUACGAGCAGUAAUCACGCGCGCAACAAUGAUGACUAUACCACCACCACCACCACCACCAACGUUUCUCGCACACUCAAAACUUUUUGUCUUCCCUCCGCUUUUCCUUCGUAUUAUUCUUGGUAUAUAUAUAUUUCUUAGGCAUAUUUGGAUAGACCAUGCAUGCACUCUAUUCUAUCUAUUAUAUUCUUUCUUGUUCUGUACUUGUAUAUGUAUAGUUCGCCUUUUUUUUCCCCCUCUGUCUCCCCGCUUUACUGGCUCAUGG